AUGACACCUGUUGUCUUCAAGAAAAAUGGCUAUCAAUUCUGUCAUAAAUGCAAGCAUAUGAGGCUUUUCCAUUUCUCUGCCACAUUUUAUGAUGAAUAUCAUAUUGUAAAUACUCCUCAUUUUGCUGAGUCGGUGACAGAAGGUGAUAUUAUUUGGGUGAAAGCUGUGGGUGAUGCUGUUGCUGUUGAUGAUGUUAUUGCUGAAAUUGAAACUGAUAAGACGACGAUUCCAGUACCAGCUCCAGUGAGUGGCAUCAUUGAGGAAUUUUAUGUCGCUGAUGGUGACAAGGUUGAAGCUGAGCAAAAACUCUUCAAAAUUAAGCUAACUGAUGGUAGCGCAGCUCCUGCACCAGCACCAGCUCCUGCUGCUGCAGCUGCAGCCCCAACACCAGAAGCUCCAGCUGCAGCAACUCCAACUCCAACAGCAACUCCUCCACCUUCUUCAGGGCCAAUUCCUACAAGUCCUCCACCUGUACCUCCAGUGCCUGCUCAACCGAUGACAAGUACUCCUGUGUCUGCAGUGCAGAUUGCGCAGCCUGCUGCAGCUCCUGCGACUGCAGUUUCUUCACGGACUGAACAGCGGGUUAAAAUGAGUCGCAUGAGGCAAAAAAUUGCCCAUCGUCUAAAAGAUGCCCAGAACACAUGUGCCAUGUUGACUACCUUUAAUGAAAUCGAUAUGAGGUAA